GGGCCGAGCGUUGGUCGCUCUCGGCGGCGGAGCUGAUCGGAGCUGCGAGGUGUCUGCGCGGAGCAGGCAGGCGGGCCCGCCGGAGCGAGGAGGCGUGAGAGCGGCCGGGGAAGCUCGAAGGGCGGACGGCGGCGGCGAGCGCUCGGCCCGGUGCUGCGGAAGCGGGAGACCGCCCCGGCGGCGGCUGCUGCAGGAGUAGCCGGAGGGACACCGCCCCUGCCUUCGUCCUGCCUCAGGCCAUCGCUGCUCUCCCGGGGCCUCGCGCGGACUCGCCUGCGUGAAGUGUCACAAUGUCUGACCGUAAGGCAGUGAUCAAGAACGCAGACAUGUCUGAGGACAUGCAACAGGAUGCCGUUGACUGUGCCACGCAGGCUAUGGAGAAGUACAACAUAGAGAAGGACAUUGCUGCCUAUAUCAAGAAGGAAUUUGACAAGAAAUACAACCCUACCUGGCAUUGUAUCGUGGGCCGAAAUUUUGGCAGCUACGUUACACACGAGACAAAGCACUUCAUCUAUUUUUACUUGGGUCAAGUUGCAAUCCUCCUCUUCAAGUCAGGCUAGGUGGCUGCAGGGAAGGUGUCAGUGGCGGCGGCAGCAGCGAUGGCAAGCAGAUGACGUUGCUGGGACUAUUUUGCACUGGGGCCAGCAUCAGGAUGUCCUCACCAAUGGCUGUGCUACUGCAUGGACUGUAUACUCGAUUUCAUGUGUAUGUCGCAGUAAACAAAACCAAACUUCUUUCUGUUUAGUUGCCUGGGGAAGAAGGCUGCUUUACAUUUAUUUUUCAAAACUUAAAACAAAUUUUUUUGGUUGUAUUGCACUAGGAAAUCUCUCCCACCUCUCCCUUUUCCCUUUCUCUCUCUAUAUAAAAUAAACCGUAAAAAAAAGAGCCACUAAGACCAGGAAGGCUGGGGAAAAGAAAUCAGUUUCUGGAGGUGGAACUAAAACUGUGCAGCUGCCUCUUCUGCUUUGGGAGGGCCAGGGAUGCUGCAGGGGGACAGUGUUAGGAUCAACAAGGAGAGAGGGGAUAGGAAGGAGGGCAGGGGGAUUGAUCUAGUACCAGGGAGACUAUUCCACUGAACUGUGAUUCCAGGGCUUGGGAUAGAAGGUGGGGUUGGAAGGGUGGAUUUUUGAAGGGGCCCUGAGACGUGUUUGUCUGUGAUGUGUGGGAGUGGGGAGCAGAUUUGUCUUGGUGUCUUUGUCAGAAGAGUUUCUAAGUAAGGGCUUUGUCUUUGUGGAUUAUCUUUUAUUCUUCCUGCCAGAGUUCGUGCUAGGAGGAUGCUGGAGGUAGGGUUAGCUUGAUGAUUCUUUCUUCUCUACUUCUGUCUGCUCCCUGCUUAGUCCUUGGUUUUCUCAUUCCUCUGGAGUUCUCUUAGAGCAGCCUCUGUUGGCUGACAAGAGAAUAUCUGGUGACCGUAGUUCCUUAGUUAGGUCUUAGCAAUCAAACCAAAUCAAUGUCUCCCUGAUUGUUCUCUGUGUACAUCUGUGUGUGUGUGUGUGUGUCUUGGUUUGGGGUGGAGGGGAGGGAGGGGCAAGACAGUAUGAAAUCUCUAGGUAUAUGGGUAGAUAGGGUGCCCAAUUAGUUCUAAAUGGGCCUUUAUGUUAAAAAACAUUUGUGGGUGAAGACACAUGUUGCCCCCCUCAGCCAUCUUGCCCAGACACUGCAUGACCUAUGGCUGGCUGCCCCCAGGAAGGUUUUAGGAGAAUAGCCCACAGUGAUAUGGUCAUGCUGCCUGCUGUCUGCUCUGGAGUUGGCUGUCAGUGGAGAGGGAAACUGACUUUGUGGAUGAUAAGAAUGGAAGUGAUAAAGGGCUGUGAGGGGCUUGGGAGGAAGUCUUGCAGUGAUGAAGCCAGGUAUCAGGAGAUGAAGCAGGGCCACUAGUAGGAGAUUUCCAAGGAGAAUGCUGGGCAAAUCUUGUCUGUUGAUCAAAUAGGGAUGGAUGGGGUGGCGGGGGGUGGGGGAAGUUAUUGUUGGUUGAGCUGUUGAUUCUUGUAAAUUGCAUUUAAAAUAAAACUAGUGUAUGGUUGACACUGGGGAAGGGAGGUUUGGGAUCUAGCUCAUUCUUUUUUCUUCAACUCCAUCCUUGGGGCUGGUGGGGAGGCAGGAAAAUGUCCCCACCCCAAGCCUUUAGUGUGUGCCGAGCUUGCUUUCUGUUGCUGAUGGGAGGGUGGGGACUGGGAUGGUGAGUGAGUUCCCUGUAUCAGACCGUUUUAUGAAUGUCCAAAUCUGUGUUUCCCCGGCCCUCCCAGACUUGCGUGGCCAGUUGGAAAUGUCUGGUGUCUGUUCGUCUCUCCCUCAUUUCUGGAGCUGGGGCUGAGACCCUGCCACAUCUGUGCUCUGCAUCCAUGCCUCUUUUGGACAUUAAAGGUUGAUUGAUGCA